UUUUCAACAUUACACCAUUUGCUUGCACUCUUUAUUUUCCUGGAAUUCCUUUGUUUCCCCUUUUAUGCAAAUUUCCUUAACUCGUCUUCCCGACUGGAAAUAAAAGGAAAUGUACGAGAAUUUCCAAUUCUACUAAACAUCAAUCAUUUUGGGGAUCCUUAAAAGUAAAGGAUUUUGGAUUUCCUUCUUCAUUCUUGAAAAAUUCUUACAAUUUGCUUAUUUGAAUACUCUAUAUUUUUAGCUUUAUUUUUGAACAAUGACUCCUCCACCUACGAAGAAGUCAAAAAAUUUCAUGAUCAACAGUCUACUUGAUCUACAAUCAGGAGGAGGUGAUUUUUUAAAACUUUUGGGGGAAGAAACCAAAAUUACCCGAAAAUUUAACCUUACAAAACUUUCUACUAAAUUUUUAAUAACUGGUCUACCCGAUCAACCAGAGGGAUUGCUAAGGGAACUUUUCCAAAAAUGUAUUGACCAAACUCUGGAAAUCAGCCGGGAUAAUCAAAUCGACCCUGAUCAGCUUGGCUGUACCGUGAGCAGUCAAUUACUGGAAUCUGAUAUCUGGAUCCCAAUCCGUGAAAUUACUCCCAACACGGUGGAUUCAAUUCUUAAUCAAUUUUUAAAGGUGGCCCAAUCCAAGAAACAAGAUCAGGGAAUGUUAUGGGGUGAAAAUUUUUCAGUUUCAGUCACGUGCAUCGACAAAAAGAAUCUCCCAACUACACGUAACAUCAAUGGAAGAGGUGGCAAAUCUACUCGUCGGAUCAGUGACAAGAAUCUCAUCAAAAUUCAUAAUUCCGACAACUUCUGCCUAUUUUAUGCCCUAAUGGCUUCAUUUGUUUAUUCAAUCUGUUCCUGGUCUAAAAGCAAAUUUUAUGACUAUAUGCACGGCCGUUUUGGAAUGAGGCAUCGACUUGAACAGGACACUAAGAAUUUAAUGGCAAAUGUGGGAGCACCUCUUGGUCAAUCAACCUACGAUGCAAAGGAAUGGGUGCCCAAAGUGUUUUUAUUUUUGGGGAAUUCGAUGAAAAGCCUAUUUUCAAAUAUGGGGAUGAAAAUUACAAUACCCCUAUUUUACUUUAUUACAACAAUAAUCAUUUUGAUGGGGUAA